AUGGCUCUUAAAACAUUGGAAUUCAGGCCAAAAAGGAAAAUGAAUAUGAAAACAUGGGGGAAAAUGGAAAUGAGCCCUUCUACUUCUCUAACCUACUGCCUGGAGGAAGGUUCUAGGUUGAAACUUCAAGCAGAUAAGUUACAUGUAAUUGGAAUCCCUGAAAGAGGAAAUCAUCCCAUUCUCAUACCAUCAACUGGCUUUGCGGACGUUGUGCCCAAGAUGGCCGAGAAUUUUAGGCAGUUCUGCACUGGAGAAUUCAGAAAAGAUGGGGUUCUGAUAGGCUACAAAGGGAGCACCUUCCACAGGGUCAUAAAGGAUUUCAUGAUUCAGGGUGGGGAUUUUGUUAAUGGAGAUGGUACUGGAGUUGCCAGUAUUUACCGGGGGCCAUUUGCAGAUGAAAAUUUUAAACUUAGACACUCAGCUCCAGGACUGCUUUCCAUGGCAAACAGUGGUCCCAGUACAAAUGACUGCCAGUUCUUCAGCACCUGCUCUAAAUGUGAUUGGCUGGAUGGGAAACAUGUAGUGUUUGGAAAAAUCAUUGAUGGACUUCUAGUGAUGCGAAAGAUCGAGAAUGUUCCCACAGGCCCCAACAAUAAGCCCAAGCUGCCUGUGGUGAUCUCACAGUGUGGGGAGAUGUAGUCCAGAGCAAGACUGAUCAGACCUUCACCUCUCUGCCAUUGUGGGCCUUCCUUGCUCUGGGUGAUGCUCUUGAGUAAGAUAAUCCGGAUUGGCCCCUGUGUUUGCUUCCCUGCCUGCUGCGGCCCUUUUUGAUCAAGACCUUGGAAGUGUCACAGAUUCAGAACCCAAGAUUUUCUGUUUAAGUUUUCAAUUGUAAAUUAAGUUUUGUUUUGUUUUGGUAAAAAAAAAA